AUCUAUAACGCUGUUUGCCUGCCACUCGGUGAGGCUAGCCAGCCACCGCUUUACCCAGCCACCGCGGUCAGUAAACGGUAAAAGACUGUUACAAAUGAAUAUGCUCUGGUAAAAACUUCAUUUCCACUAUUUUCCGACUUUCCUAUCAUCAUAUACGGAUAUUUUCAGCCAUCACUGUCCCCGACAAAUCCAUCGCUAAAAGUCCUAACACUCCGGGACAGCCUGCUCCUGAUAAUACACCAUGCUCAUUUCUGCGCGAACAUAUAUAUGGCUCGCAGUAGGUGCACUUGUAAAGAUUGUACAUGGUGUAAAUGUAUCACCAUACUUCGCUAAUGCAACCACACCAACCCUGUCCUAUCCGAUAGUGGCCACUCCACAUAACACAGAGAUACUUGUCAUCUCUGCUGUACAGAAGGAUCUCGGAGAUCCCACACAACCUCUUCCAAUUCCUCCCUUGUCAACCCCAAACGCGCUAUCAGCGCUUUUACCUGCGCUUAAAACCAUUCGAAGUAGCGAUGUGGCUACCUGUUGGCCAUGCGACUGGCCUAGCACCGCUGUGAUUCCUGGAAUAGCACCAACUUCUGCUACAUUCACCACAGAAUUUAUCACCUCGAGGCUUGAUCCAUCGUCUACUUCGAGUGAUCCUCUGUCUGUUUCCGAACCUACCGUGACGUCUUCUCGAGGAGAAAGCGUACAUUCCACGGUGCAGUCAACCUUGUGGUCGACUUCCUAUACGAUAGUGCCAAGUUCAUUUACUACUGCUACCUCAACAGCAUUGUCCUCGGACUUGCCCACUGAGUCGAUAACAGGUGGUGCUACCAGCUCGUGGCCACCUCCAGACUGGGUAGCACCAGCACCUACGGCCAACGGUGCUGAUCACAGAUCUACCAAUAACCCUUUCUUGGCAGGAACAAUUCUUCUGUUCGCCAUGACGUUCGAAAUGCUGUAAAAUUGAUUUUAAACGAGGUAGAGCAUGAGGAUUCGCUUUCGCAUAUACCCGAUCUCGCCACAUACUGGCUCGAGACCACUGUUAUCUAAACGCAUUUAUGGCGCAAUCGGAUGGUGGAUUAUGUUUCUUAUCGUGUGCUAUUAGACUGCAUGUGUUGCAUAUAGGUAGCAAAUGACACUGGAAGUCAGGUCACGGUUGGGCUUGGAAGACAAUAGCGAUGAUUUGAUCUAAUAAGCAUAUUCAGCUG